CCACCUUUCGCGCCCUCUGGCUCACUUUUCCAGUGCUUGUGGCCAUUACCGCCUCAUCUGGUGAAGCAGGACCCUGAUUACCGCGCAAGGCGGGGGAGCUCCUCGCCGAUGCAGGUACCUCUCUACCUCCCACACCACACCUCCCUCACAUUGCGGGGAACCUCGAAACACAGCAGCAACAUGCUCUGGAGCUCCAUCCUUGCACUUCCGUUGGAGCGGGGGAGUCGGCACGUUAAAACGUCGAUCGGACGCUGCUGCCACCUUUUUCCAAGACUGCCGAAGUCAUUCUUCCCAAGCUCCCAUUGAUCGAGACCUUCCACUCCACAGCAUUUCCUAUCAUUCCAGCCCGCCAAUAUGAAAGCUCUAGUCUACGAUGGCGUCGGCAAGAUCAAGGUCGUCGACAAAGACGUCCCCAAGAUCCAAGAGCAAACCCAAGCGUUGGUGAAGAUGGUGCGCACCACCAUCUGCGGCACAGAUCUGCACAUCAUCAAGGGCGACGUUCCCACCGUCGACCGAGGCCGUACUCUAGGACACGAGGGCAUUGGCAUUAUCGAGGAGGUGGGUAACGAGGUGAAGAACUUCAAAAAGGGCGAUCGCGUUCUCAUCGCUUGCAUUACUUCUUGUGCCACUUGCAGCUUUUGCAAGAGGAGCCUGUACGACGCCUGCAAGAAGGGCGGCUGGCGCCUCGGCCAUCUACACGACGGCACCCAAGCGGAGUACAUCUUGAUGCCCUUCGCCGACAGCUGCUUGUACCCGGUUCCCAAAGGCGCAGACGAAAGGAGCUUGCUAGUCUACUCCGACAUCCUGCCCACCGGCCUCGAAGUCGGCGUCCUGCGUGGGCACGUCAAGCCAGGAAGCACCGUCGCCAUCGUCGGCGCGGGUCCCGUAGGUCUCGCGGCAGGCAUCUGCGCCCAAUUCUACGCCCCAAAGUCUCUGGUGUUCUUCGACAAGGAUGAAUACCGCCUGGAAGUUGCCAAGAAGAUUGGCGCCACGGCGACCUACAAGAUCAGCAAUGCAAAGGAAGCUCGGGAGGCGAGCAAGGAGCAUCACGGAGACAUUGACGGCUUCGACGUUGUGAUUGAGGCUGUUGGUGUUCCGCAGACCUGGGACAUGUGCCAGGAGCUUGUCGGCAUCGGAUCUCACAUUGCUAACGUGGGAGUGCAUGGUACGGGCGUCAACCUUGCCAUUGACAGGCUGUGGCCUCGAUCGACGUCCAUCAGCAUGGCUCUAGUCUCAUCCCAUACGAUCCCCUUGCUCCUCGAGCUGAACAAGGCCGGGAAAAUCAACACCAACGAGCUGAUCACACAUGACUUCAAGUUUAGCGAGAUCGAAAAGGCCUACGACACCUUCGGCCGUGCGGCGGAGACGAAGGCGCUGAAGAUGAAUAUCGAGUUCGACUAAAUGUCGACGCCGUACCUCGCUGCUGGGGAUGCUUCGUUGAGUUGUGAUGUGGAAAUUGUAUAUUGAAAUCA